AAAGAGCUCCAUUUUGUGGAGGCGGCGGAAGAGUGAGGUGGUGUUGGAGCUUUUGCUGCUGAGGAGAAAAAGGAGGAGGCGGAGGAAAGCUGGGCAGGAGCUGCCGCGCGGCGGCGCUGGCGAGGAGGCGAAAGAGGAGGAGGAGGAGGAUGAAGCGAGGAGGCGCCGCUGCUGCUGCUGAGGAGGAGAGGAAGGAGGAGAGCGCGGCUGAGGGCCCGGCGGCGGCGGCGGAGAAGGUGGUGCACUCGCGCGCGCAGGCCCUGUCUCGCGGCGGCGCGGCCAAAGCCCUGGGCGACGCCUUCAAGCUCCUGGUGCCCAAGUCGACGGAGUUCAUGAGCUCGGACGCGGAGCUGUGGAACUUCCUCUGCAGCCUCCGCCACGAGUUCUCGCCGGUCAUCCUCCGCAGCAAGGACGUCUACGGCUACGCCUCCUGCCGCGCGGUGGUGCCCGAGCCGACGCCUGCUCCUCACGCCGGGAGGCGGAGAGAGCGGCCCCCCAGGAGAGCCGCCGCCAGGAGAGGGCGCCAGGGAGGCGGAGGAGGAGGAGGGAACAGCAGGAGGAGAAGGGGCGUCAAGAGGCGCCGCCACGAAGAGGACGAGGAGGAGGAGGACGAGCGGCCUCCCAAAGAAGGCCGCCCCGCAGACGCCUUCCCCGCCCUCAAGGUCCGAGGCAGCGUCUGGAAUCGCCGCAGCUUGGAAGCCACCCGGAGGAAAGCCCAGCGCCUCUUCCGCGUCGAUUUGGCGCCUUUCGUGAGACUCCAGCGCCUCACCGAUUCCUGAGGAGAUUCUGACAACAGGCGAGGGGCCAGUUUGGGCCCUGGCAGGGGUUUUGGGCUUGAACUCCCACCAUUCCCGACAGCCUCAGGCUCCUUCCUUUUCCCCCUCAGCCGCUUAAGCGGCUGAGGGGGGAAAGGAAAGGGCCUGAGGCUGUCGGGAAUGGUGGGAGUUCAAGCCCAAAACCCCUGCCAGCGCCCAACUUAUCCCUUUGCCUGCCUUGACUUGCACUUUAAGGCAAACUUUCCUUUCCCACCGAGGAAGCACAUCAAAGACAUCAUUCCGCCUCAAGACUUGGUUCCCUUUCUUCCUGUGCUUCCUCUCAAUCCGGGAAACUUUGACACAGCCUUGGUUUUAAUUUAAAAGAUGUGGACUGACUCCUUUGGUGACUUUGGGUGCACUUUUUUUGCACUUACACACACUCAGGGUUAACUUGAACAGGCCAAGUGUUUGUCGUCGUCGUCCCGGUCUCCCACAGAUUUCUUGGAUGUUCCUCGUCCUCAGUCGGUUCUGUCUGUCUCUUCGUUGUUUUUUUUGGUCCUGCCGAAAGUUUUGGAUCUGUUUUGUACGUCCAGUUUUUUAUAGCCGAAGGGAUACGUCGUCUUUCUACGGAGGAGAGUCUCAUUGGAUACAUUACACAUGCCCGUUUUAUAUAAUCGUUACUUUAGAGAUGCUUUUACCGAUUUCAGUAAAUAUAAUAAACGUUCAAAAGCAAGGA